CUGAACAGCACCGAUGAAAGAAGCGGUGGUAUUAAUACGACGUCAAUUAUGUCGAAAAUCGCGGACAAGAUCCUUAUGAAGGUGAGAAUGGCGCUGUGGCUCGAGUUUGGCAAGUCCGACGGCUACGUCAAGAAGGCGCUGAAGAUGAAGGGGGUUCCUGGUCCUGCGCUGACGUCACACAUGAACUACGAACUGUUUGUGGAAUAUGUGGACAAAGCUGAGAAGUAUCGUCUGGAUAAAUGG